AUGGAUUCUUCUCCGUCUUUAUCACCGAGCUUUAAUAAGUAUCCCGACGACUAUGACGGCGAUUUUGAAUUCAAAUUACAGCUCAAAGAAGACGGGACGGAGGAGGAAGACGACGAGUUUUCGUUUGUUUGUGUAAAUGCCGAUGAAUCGCCGGUUUCUGCCGACGACGUGUUCCCCUUAUUCAACCAAGAUCUUCUCUUCGCCGAUGAGAACGGCUCGGCUUCGAAUUCGAAAGACGGUGACGUGUCACCGCGGCCGCCGCUGAGGAAGCUUUUCGUGGAAGAUUCGCUGGACGCGUUGGAACUUGUGAGACCGUACUGCGAGUGGAAAAGAGAUGAUAGAAUAACCGUGGAGGCGACGUCACCGGACACGUGUAAGAAGAGCAACUCCACGGGAUUCUCGAAGCUUCGGAGGGUUCGAGAUUUUAUGCUCCGGAGUAACAGCGACAGCAAAGACGCGUUCGUCUUGUUGAACCACCCGUUUCCUUUCUCCGCUUCGGCGGCGCAAAUGGAGAGGAGGAAGGAGAUGGAGGAGGAGAGGAGAGCGAAGGUGAAGGUGGUCGGAGAGAAACCGCCGAAUGGGAAGAGAGAGAAGGGUGAGAAAACGGCGUCGUUGUCGGCUCACGAAAAGCUUUACGUCACGAACAGAGCCAAGAGGGAAGGUGAUAAACGGCGGUCGUAUUUGCCGAUACGGCAGGUUGGUUUUUUCACCAACGUCAAUGGAAUUAGCAGAAAUGUUCAUCCAUUUUAG